UUUCAUUCACUCACUUUUUACUUUAAAAGUGUUAUCAAUGAGUUAGAUUUAGUUUGUGAACUUCUGUCUGCUCUCCUAUGCUGGGUGUUGUGCAAGAAUAUCCUGUCAUUAGUGCACAUACUUGUUACACUAUUGUUGAGCAGUCAUAGGGCGGAUGUCUGACCAAUGAAACUGGGAAGGGGAGUUAACUGAGGUAUGGUUCAGUAGGAAGCUGUAUGCUGGGGUUGUUGGACACACUGGUUUACCAGGACGAAACCUGUUCCACUGAAAUCAGGAAGUUAUCGCAUACGGAAGGAAUACAUAAACAUAUAACAACGACCUAAUUUGAGAGCGGAGAGUGCAACGUGUUACAUUAGUUGUAGAAACCACUUAUGUUGUGGGAAGUUAUUUUAUCGGAGCUUUCUAAGAGUAACCUGAAGGCAUCUCGAACUAGCGGCUCGGCUGGUCAGUUUCUCCGCGGUGUGAGUGGAGACGAAGCUGUUACCGAGGUGUGACUCAACCCACAACUCUGACAGACUCUGUUGUGUGAUUCUCUCCUGUCCCUCACAGGAACAGUUUUAUCUGGAGCAAAACAACAAACAGCAAGAAACCUGUAGAGGCUCAACUACUUCUUCUCCUUUCACGCUUUCUGGCUCUGUGAAGCAAAUUUGACUGUAUGUACUGUAAAUACUGUCUGUUAUCCCACCUCAGGCAGAAAGGUCUAAAAUACCCACAAUGACGGUCCUGGAGGAUGGUGACAUGCAGACCUUUGGCUCUGAGCUGCCAGCCAUGUUUGAUGGCAUGAAGCUGGCUGCGGUGGCUGCUGUCCUCUACGUCAUUGUGCGCUGCCUCAACCUGAAUAGUCCAACUGCAGGUCCAAAAAUCAGCAGUCGGAACACGCUACUCAGCCGGUAUCUGUUCAAGUCCUGCCCAAUGCUGUCCAAAGAGUACAUUCCACCUUUACUAUGGGGAAAGAGUGGUCAUCUCCAGACGGCUCUGUAUGGUAAGAUGGGACGUGUCAACACUCCAACACCCUGUGGGCUUCGCAAAUUCCUUCCAAUGAAGGAUGGAGCAACAGCCACCUUUGACCUCUUUGAAGCUCUCGGUGAGCACAGCACAGGAGACGAUGUUACUAUGGUAAUCUGCCCUGGGAUUGGUAACCAUAGUGAGAAGAACUACAUUCGAACCUUUGUGGAUUACUCCCAGCGGCAGGGCUACCGCUGCGUGGUCCUCAAUCAUUUGGGAGCUCUGCCUGAUGUGGAACUCACCUCGCCUCGCAUGUUUACUUAUGGGUGUACUUGGGAGUUCGCGGCCAUGGUGGGCUACGUCAAGCGUGCUUUUCCCCAAACGCUGCUUGUUGUUGUUGGCUUCAGUCUGGGUGGAAACAUAGUGUGUAAGUUCCUGGGAGAAAAUCGAUCCAACCAGGAACGAGUGCUGUGCUGUGUCAGCGUCUGCCAAGGAUACAGCGCCCUCAGGGCCCAGGAAACAUUCCUUCAGUGGGACCAGUGUCGAAGGCUUUAUAACUUUGUGCUGGCAGGCAACAUGAAGAAGCUCAUCCAGUCACACAGGCGCAGUUUGUUGAGCAUGAGCUCCAGCAGCAUUGGUGACGCAGACCUCAACAAACUGUACGCUGCUACAUCUAUGAUGCAGAUAGACGACAACAUAAUGAGAAAAUUCCACGGCUACGGCUCCUUGAGGGAGUACUAUGAGAAGGAGAGCUGUGUGCAUUAUAUUCACAAUGUAUCUGUACCGCUCCUCCUGGUGAACUCCUCAGAUGAUCCACUAAUUCAUCGGUCACUUCUGGCUAUACCAGGCAGGCUUGCAGAGGAGAUGCCCAAUGUGAUGUUUGCCCUGACUGAGCAUGGAGGCCACAUGGGCUUCUUUGAGGGGGCUGUACUUUUCCCACAGCCCCUCACCUGGAUGGACAAGGUCAUAGUGGAGUACACCAAUGCCAUCUGCGACUGGGAGAAGAAGCAGAAGGCCUGCCAGAGGACCCGAAAUCCAAACGAAAUGAAUGAAUGAAUAAGUUCAGCGCUGAAACUCAGUGGAUGACACCUACAUGUCUGGUGCAACCACACAGACUGGCAAGCACAUGGUCAGCCUGAGGUCUUAGGAUCUACUUUACGUAUGACCUCUUGGUGUUGCAGUAAUGGACAGAAAUAUUGAUGGAUGAGUUGUACACCUGGUUGGAAAUUACACCUGGAGUGUCAUGUAAUGUCAUGCUGAAUUGUUUCUUCAUCUAACUUCUGAUCCUCCCAGUCUUCUUCUCUGCUGGUUAUUGCCAUCUGCUGUAUGGUUUUAUGUACUCUGCAGAGAGGUGUAAACCGUUGGUACCGCUUUUACCUAUUUUUCUCUACAAACUAUUAUGAAAACACUCAAUCAGACUGACUUAUGAAUGCUAACAUAUUUAUAUUUAGAGAAUGAAAUUCUUUACUGUUGGUAGACAUGGAGAUUUCUGGUUCACACUGCUCUGAUUAGAACCACCAGGACUCAUUUUAUUGUUUAUGCUGGUGUUUUCCAGUUAUAGAUGAGGCUGUUUUCAGAUGGUUAAACAUAUCAACAGAAUGUUACUGUUUAUCUCAGGGUCAAUCAGCUUGGAACCCUUCUUUUUUUACCUAAAUUAUUGUUCUGUACAAUCAAUAGGGUGUCCUAACUGUACUGUACUAUAUGAGCACUUUAAAUCUGCAUGCUUUUGCAUGGUGAUGGAGGCAUUACAAAGGUGGUACCAUUCCAAGAAUUGCUCCACAGCAGUUUACUUUAUUUAACUCUAGUUUUCACUUUAAUCUCUCCAGCAAAACGAUGCCGUUUUGACCGAGUACUUUAAUUUUGAUUUCUAUCUCUGUUUCUGUCUGGACUCUCUUAUUUCCACUAGAAGCUACAUGUCCGAGCAUGUGGCUUAGUGAGCACUUCAAAUGUACAAAAUUGUCAUAGUUUGGUUAUUUUAAGCUGCUUACAAUUAACAUAGUUUUGAGUCUCCCUCAAUAGCUAAGAAAUACUUGAAACAAAAGCAUAAAGCUGUGUAAUUUCACACGGUACCAUACUGUGCCAGAAACACUAAUGAAUGAUAGUAGAUUUACGUUUAGAAAUAGUUUUUGUUAUUGGCAGUUAUUAGUCUUGUUCAUCACAGUGCUGAACAGAGUUCAGAAUAUAUGAAGUGAGCUUCUGCUAAAGAGGUCUAAAUCGUUGUAUCUUCAGCACCAGGAAUCCUACUGAAACAUGUGCUGAGAAUGAAACAUGUAAAGAGGUUCAGUCAGAGUAGCACAGAUAGAAAAAGGAAGGAAACUCCAUAAAAGUUGUCAUUUUUUUGGUCUUGAUUUUCUGCCUGGAAAAAUGAUGUGUUUCGCACAGGAAGGUCAUCAGUGACGCACCGUCUCCUUCUUCCCUUUUCCAUUAAAAUAGUCAGUGGCUUAUGUGUAAACACAAGCCUGAUGACAGUUUAAAGGUUCAUAAAAUCCAUUAAAAAAAACAGAAACACCGUGACAUUUUUGUGAUUGGAGACAUUUUAGCUUCCAGAACCUCCUAGUCUGUAUUUAUACCAAAGAUGCUUAGAGAGCUACCAACUGCAGGUAAGAUUGAACUGAUAGAACUGAUUAUAAACUUUUCACAUAACCCCUCUUCAAAUAUUCUCAAUUAUCCCUUUAAGAAAUAUAAAUUUUGUGCUUGUGUAUUAUCAUCAUUUUUUUUUUUUACAUGGUGUUCAAGUGAAGUGGUUUGUCACGGACAGUCGGUACAGUUUUUUUUAUUAAGCAGCUUUGCCUUGGACUGUAAAACAACAACCUUCCAUAUCUCUGCAGUCUCUUCAAGCAACACGCCCUGAUUGUUGGGCUGUUUUCAGUUAUUUAAUCCCUAUUGUUAACAUGCAUCAUCGCUACAGUCUGUAACAUGUCCUGAACAGCACAAACUGAAUAAAAUGGUUUAAUCAGC